AUGAGUCAAAGCAUAAAUGAAACAAUCCUUAGAGAAAAUGUCAACCCUUGCACUUCAUCGAACCAACAGUUCACCGUGUCUCCAUCAACCUCAACAAAAAAAUCUAUCUUCUCGAGAAAACCACAAUCUCAGAAGAUUCUAACAACUCAAAUGAUACAAUUGGACGAGUCCGAUCCUGACUACAUAUCGAUCAAGGAGGGCUUCGGAAUUAAUUUAAACAGUACGAGGGCGAACAUUCUGGCCAUAAUGAAAUUACAGAUGCCAACAAAGUUGGAGAAGGCUCAUGAAAAGUAUAAGAAAAAGAUGACCAAGAAGUUGGGAAUGGAUGCGGAGGAGUUUACACACAAGAUGCAUCAUGGGACAAAGAGCUCUGCUGGGUGUGAUCUCAGGAGAUUUAUAAUGAAUUUUGAGGCAGGUGAAAGUGGCUUCGGUAACGUAGAGUAUGAUCCCACCUUUUGUAAAGAGAACUGUGGGGUGUGUGGAAUUGCACAAUGUGGCAAUAAGAGAAAGUAUGCCAGAACGAAGUCUUUGUUUAAGAGGAAUAGAAUGUGGUUCGCAAAAGAUCCCAGCGUGUCGUUAGGCUUCUGUAACUAUGGUUAUAAGGACACUAUAAAAGGGAUGUUUAUUGUGGACGUCAUACACAAACGUGAUGAGCACAUCAUCAUCACAACUAAAGAAAGGGCCACUUUGCCGAGAUAUUUGAUUAUAUUCGAAGUACCGGUAAAUCCUUUUUCAUACGAAGACUAA